GGCAACGUAUGAUACGGUGUAAGACACCAAUGGCCCUAUAACUCAAAAAAAAAUAAUAAUACAGCUCACAUUUUAGUGGCCUUUAAUAUCUAACUAACAACAACAACAGCAACAGUAAAAGUAGCAGAAAUAUCUGUGUAAAAUAUCAGGACUCAUUAUGGCUGUGCUAGGACCAGUUGCUGUAAGAAGAAUGAGACUUGCCGUGUCUUCUGUGUUACAUAUUCGUUGGAUGUCAUCAGUCUCACACUGUCCUAGGUCAGCGCUUGUGAAAAAUCAAAAUAUUUUUUCGCCUCCAUCGUGGCUCCUUAGACCUCACCCUGUCUCUCAGUUCUACCUAAGAAACUAUGCCAAGAGCAAGGAUAAGCAUGGAAAAGAUAAAAAGGCCAAAGUGCACCUGUCAGAUUCAGAAUUGUCUGAGUUGGUGAAUGUUACAAAGAUGAAGGAGGAGUUUUCAGACAUAGUUGAGAAUCUUAAGCAAGAGUAUAUCAAAAACCUCUCACUCAGAACCUCUGCAGGGAGCAUAGAAAAUCUUCUUGUGAAGCUGGAAGGGGAUGAAUAUCCUCUGAAUGAGGUCGCACAAAUUUCUCGCAAAUCUUCACACACAUUAGUCAUCAAUGCAUCAGCCUUUCCCCAAGCUUUGGUGGGAAUGAUGACUGCACUGCGAGAAUCUGGGAUGAACCUAAACCCACAACAAGAGGGAACAACAAUAUACGUAGCCCUUCCCAAAAUUACAAAAGAGCACCGAGAAAAUUUAGCCAAAAAUGCCAAAACUCUGUUUAACCGCUGUAAAGACCAUCUCAGAGACUCACAGAACCAAUAUGUCCGUAAGGUCAAGAGAAAGGAAGACCAGGCAUCUGAAGAUCUCGUUCAUGAUGCUCAACUGAAGAUUCGGGAGAUUGCGGACACCUACUUGCAGGAAGCAGAAACAAUGAUGAUACACAAACAGAAGGAGCUACUAAAAACAAACUAGGAGAGCCUUCAUUAUUUUUAUGAAUAUUUGUUAAUAUUAGUGUAAAAUAGCUGUAUUCAAUUUUUUAAAGUUCUCUUUGAAGUCAUAGAAUCAUCCAGUCAAAAACUGAGAUUUACCUUUUGUGAGAAUUUAAAAUUGCUCUUGUUAUUAAAUCAUAUGAUGUAGGGUGGCUUCUUGUGAAAAUUUAAAAUUUAAAUAUGCUGAUUUGAUGUACAUAUUUAAUAUCUUGACAAAUAAAAUAGGGUAAUAAUACUGGUAGUAAAAUUUUAUUGAUGGCAUGUUAUCCUAAAUGUAUUCUGUCAUAUUUUUGCAUAAUUUUUCUUCCAAUACAUGUGAAACAGAGGUUAUGCAGAGGACCUUACAUUUUUCUUGACAUUAUGAGUAAUAUCUCUCAUAAGAGAGUUCUUAUACUGAACCACAGUACAGUGUCACUCACAACAGACAUCUUAUCCUGACUUGGAAUUAUCCUUCUUGCUUGUCACUUCAGAUAUGAACACUGUUGACUGGCCAGACUGUAGUUAAAAAGCAAAAUAAUAAAUCUAAAAUAGUAAU